UUACUCCUUUGCAUGCAUACUUUUACACACUAUAAAAAGAUGAACCUUUCUACCUCAGGUAUGUGAACAAUCUUGAAAUCUUUCUGUGGAGUGAAAAAUCUAAGUUGAAGCAAUUAACAUGGCAUCAAAACAAGCAAACCGUGAAGAACUCGACGAGAGGGCAAAGCAAGGCGAAACUGUGGUUCCUGGUGGAACUGGAGGGAAGAGUCUUGAGGCUCAAGAACAUCUUGCUGAAGGAAGGAGCCGUGGAGGGCAGACGAGGAAGCAACAGCUGGGGUCAGAGGGGUAUCAUGAGAUGGGAACCAAAGGAGGGCAGACAAGGAAGGAGCAAAUGGGGACAGAAGGGUACAAAGAAAUGGGACGCAAAGGAGGGCUCAGCACCAUGGACAAGUCUGGUGCAGAACGUGCUGAAGAGGAAGGCAUAGAAAUUGAUGAGUCCAAGUUUAAGAAAAACUAAGAAUGUGUGAGGAAGUAGUGUUUUGUUGUAGUUGUUUAGUAUAUGGGUUAUGAUGUAGCAGUGAAUAUCUGUAGGAUACUACAGACUAGUACUAAAAAGAAUAUGUUUUGAUGCUUCUGUUUGGAAGCAGUGCUAAGUUUUUCAGCUUUACGAAAGCUUAGACAGCUAAAAAUAGGGUAUGUUUAUUGUAGUAAUGUUGAAGGAAGUGUUAAACGCAGCUAAAAAUAGGGUAUGUUUAUUGUAGUAGGAAGUGUUAAACUCUUUUACUUAAUGUUGAAUGCUGUUGUAUUCUCUACUUUCA